AUGGAUUGAAAUUUUUUAACACUAGCAAACCCUCUGCUCUUUUUUCUCUUUCUAAAUUUCACAUAUUAAUAGGCGCACUUUCUCUCUCUUGAUCCCAGCAAUUCGAGUGCGUGCGUGUUCGUCGAUUUCGUCACUCGUCGGUCUUAUACUCCGAUCUCCGGCGUUAGCCUGAUUGCCGAACGUACUGUGAAAAAAUGCCGCUCAGACUAGAAAUCAAGAGGAAACUUGCACAAAGAUCAGAGAGAGUGAAAUCUGUGGAUCUACAUCCAACAGAGCCAUGGAUAUUGGCGAGUUUGUAUUCAGGGACUGUUUGCAUUUGGAACUAUCAGACCCAGACAAUGGUUAAAUCUUUUGAAGUUACAGAACUACCAGUUAGGUCCGCGAAGUUUAUAGCCAGAAAGCAGUGGGUGGUAGCUGGGGCUGAUGACAUGUUCAUUCGUGUGCACAACUACAAUACGAUGGAUAAGGUCAAAGUAUUUGAGGCCCAUACAGAUUAUAUUAGGUGUGUGGCAGUUCAUCCCACUCUCCCGUAUGUGUUGUCAUCCUCUGAUGACAUGCUGAUAAAACUCUGGGAUUGGGAAAAGGGAUGGGCAUGCACUCAAAUAUUUGAGGGCCACUCCCACUACGUGAUGCAAGUGACGUUUAAUCCUAAAGAUACCAAUACUUUUGCCAGUGCAUCGCUUGAUCGCACUGUUAAGAUUUGGAAUCUCGGCUCUCCUGACCCAAACUUCACCUUGGAUGCCCACCUGAAAGGAGUCAAUUGUGUCGAUUAUUUCACUGGUGGUGAUAAACCUUACAUAAUCACUGGUUCUGAUGAUCACACUGCUAAGAUUUGGGAUUAUCAGACAAAGAGCUGUGUCCAGACUCUAGAAGGCCACACGCACAAUGUUUCUGCGGUUUCUUUCCAUCCUGAACUUCCCAUUAUAAUUACCGGUUCUGAGGAUGGUACAGUCCGCAUAUGGCAUGCUACUACUUAUAGACUUGAGAAUACGCUGAAUUAUGGUCUUGAAAGAGUUUGGGCAGUUGGUUGCAUGAAAGGUUCAAGAAGGGUUGUAAUUGGUUAUGAUGAAGGAACCAUAAUGGUUAAGCUCGGUCGGGAGGUACCUGUUGCUAGUAUGGACAACAGUGGGAAAAUCAUUUGGGCUAAGCAUAAUGAAAUUCAGACAGUCAACAUUAAGAGCGUCGGAGCAGAUUACGAGGUUGCUGAUGGGGAGAGAUUGCCUUUGGCUGUAAAGGAAUUGGGAAACUGUGAUCUUUACCCUCAGAGCUUAAAGCACAACCCUAAUGGUAGGUUUGUUGUUGUGUGUGGAGACGGUGAGUACAUUAUAUACACGGCCUUGGCAUGGAGGAACAGAUCAUUUGGCUCAGCAUUGGAGUUUGUCUGGUCAACGGAAGGAGAAUAUGCUGUCAGAGAAAGUACAUCAAAGAUUAAGAUCUUCAGUAAAAAUUUCCUGGAAAAGAAAAGCAUUCGUCCCACAUUUUCUGCUGAGCACAUAUAUGGAGGCAAUUUAUUGGCAAUGUGCUCAAAUGAUUUUAUUUGUUUCUACGAUUGGGCUGAAUGCAGGUUGAUAAGGCGAAUAGAUGUCAAUGUUAAAAAUCUGUACUGGGCUGAUAGUGGUGAUUUGGUGGCCAUUGCCAGUGAUGCAUCAUUCUACAUACUUAAGUUUAACCGCAAUGUAGUUUCUGCUCAUCUGGAUAGUGGAAGAUCGGUAGAUGAACAAGGCGUGGAAGAUGCUUUUGAGCUUCUUUAUGAAAUUAAUGAACGAGUACGGACUGGACUUUGGGUUGGAGAUUGUUUCAUUUACAACAAUUCUUCAUGGAGGCUUAAUUACUGUGUUGGUGGUGAGGUGACAACUAUGUUUCAUUUAGACCGGCCCAUGUACCUGCUCGGGUAUCUUGCUAAUCAGAGUCGUGUUUUUCUCAUCGACAAAGAAUUUAAUGUUAUUGGAUAUACUUUGCUGCUCAGCUUGAUUGAGUACAAAACUCUUGUAAUGCGUGGGGAUCUGGAAAGGGCAAAUGAGGUCUUACCUUCAAUACCAAAGGAGCACCAUAACAGCGUGGCUCGUUUCUUGGAGUCAAGAGGAAUGAUCGAAGAUGCACUUGAAGUUGCUACAGAUCCCGACUACAGAUUUGAGUUAGCCAUACAACUAGGCAAGCUAGACAUUGCAAAGGAAAUUGCCACAGCCGCACAAAGUGAAUCUAAAUGGAAGCAACUGGGUGAAUUAGCUAUGUCUACUGGAAUGUUGGAGUUGGCAGAGAAGUUGAAGCAAGCAAAUGACCUUAGUGGUCUGUUGCUGCUCUAUUCGUCGUUAGGCGAUGCUGAAGGAAUUACUGAACUUGCAUCUCUUGCGAAAGAGCAUGGGAAAAACAAUGUUGCAUUCCUUUGUUUAUUUAUGUUGGGUAAAUUGGAUGACUGCCUCCAACUGUUGAUUGACAGCAACCGAAUACCUGAAGCUGCUUUGAUGGCUAGGUCUUACCUUCCAAGUAAGGUGUCAGAAAUUGUUGAUCUUUGGAGAAAGGACCUCAAUAAGAUUAAUCAAAAAGCGGCAGAAUCUCUUGCGGAUCCAGAAGAAUAUCCAAAUUUAUUUGAUGAGUGGCAAGUUGCACUUUCUGUCGAAGCUAAAGCUGCUGAGACAAGGGGUAACUAUCCUCCGGCAGCUGAAUACGCGCAACAUGCUGAUCGAUCAACCGCAAGCCUUGUAGAAGCAUUUAGAAACAUGCAAAUGGAAGAUGAAGAAGAACCCUUGGAAAAUGGAGGCUUGGACUAUGAGGAUGCAGAGCCAAAUGGAGAAGAGGGAGCUGAUGACACACAAGUAGAGGAGCAUGAUGAGAGUCAAGAAGAGGCUGUUGUGGUGGAUGCUGACUCUACUGAUGGUGCCGUACUUGUUAACGGCAACGAGGCUGAGGAACAGUGGGUGCUUACACCACGUGGCUGAGUCAACUCAAGACCAACGGUUCCAGCUGUCUAACUAUUCAUCGUCAUGCUAUGGUUAGAUGUGUUGCCUUAACGAGGUGAUCAAGGGAACCGGUGCGUCUUUUUCUGCCGGUGUGGUGACAAGCACAGACAAAUUUUUGUCGUGGGAGCACACAAUCAAUAUACUGUAGACUUUUCCGAGUUUCGGUUAUUAGUUUAGUUGCGGCUUAGUUGUACCAUUUAAUAUUUAUUUGAUGCCAUUUUUUUUUUCUUUUCUUGGAAGUAUUGUGUUUGUGAAUCAUAGAUACAUAAUAGCUACUAUGUUACAAAUAAUUACGCGUCGAACGUCGUAUGGUUGAUUGAUUACUCUCCGAACAUAAUUUUUUUCGGGUUAUAUUAUUAUGAACCACCUCAUUAGAUACAAAAAAAUUGUGUUUGUAGUUGUACACACAGGAUGUGUAAGGUGUUUAUUCCAAAUUGAAAGCAUCUGUCAAA